CUGGUAAAGAAGAAGUACAUUCACUCAUCCAAGCGCUAAAUAUUAAGCAUGUUCUGAAUCCUGUUCUUCCCACUAGAUGCUCUGAAAGAUUCUGAUUGUCAAUUUCAUUCUAGUAUUGCAAGAGUGCAGAUUCCAGAUUGUUGCUGUAUUUAGGACUACCUAGGUUUCUUACAUUAAUUGAAAUAUCUCGCAAAUGUCUAAAGUAAUGAUCAACGAGAAUGAGGUUGAUAUUGUGAUUGGUGCACUAAACCCAGACCUAACAUAUUUUAUGGAGGAAUGGAGACCUGUCUUCUCCCGCUUCCACCUGAUUAUUGUCAAAGAUCCUGAUCUCAAGGAGGAACUGAAGAUACCGGAAGGCUUUAAUGUCCAUGUCUAUACAAAAGCAGAUAUAGACAAAAUUGCCGGUUCUACUUCCACAUCCCUUCUCUUUAGUGGUUACUCUUGUCGUUAUUUUGGCUAUCUGGUCUCUAAAAGAAAAUUUAUAGUUUCAAUUGAUGAUGAUUGUGUUCCUGCAAAAGAUGACAUGGGCAACUUAAUAGAUGCUGUUUCUCAGCAUGUCCAGAACCUGGAAACUCCAGCCACUCCUUUCUUUUUCAAUACACUUUAUGACCCUUACCGUAAAGGAGCAGACUUUGUUCGUGGUUACCCGUUUAGCUUGCGUUCUGGGGUGACGUGUGCUCUGUCAUGUGGUCUGUGGCUGAACUUAGCGGACUAUGAUGCACCUACUCAAGCCCUCAAGCCAACUGAAAGAAAUUCACGAUAUGUUGAUGCUGUUCUUACUGUACCUGUGAAGGCUAUGAUGCCUGUAAGUGGAAUUAAUAUAGGAUUCAAUCGUGAGUUGGUGGGACCUGCUCUGUUGCCGGCAUUAAAGUUGGAACAGGAAGGGAAAGUGAGGUGGGAAACAGUAGAAGAUUUAUGGUGUGGAAUGUGUGUAAAAGUAGUAAGUGACCACAUGGGGAUAGGAGUGAAAACUGGUCUUCCUUACGUGUGGAGAAACGAAAGAGGCGAUGCUGUUGCAAGUCUGAAAAAAGAGUGGGAAGGGGUAAAGCUCAUGGAGGAUAUUGUCCCUUUCUUUCAGUCACUGAGGUUUUCAGAAGCAGCGGUUACAGCUGAAGAGUGCGUGAUUGAGUUGGCCGCAGCUGUAAAAGAAUCCCUUGGGCCAUCGAAUCCUGUCUUUGAGCGGGCUGCAGAAGCUAUGGUGCAGUGGGUUAAACUCUGGAAGGUAGUCAAAACAUAAGUGUCAUAUUAGUAAGCCAGCGUAAGAGCUUGUUUCUCCCAGCAAUGCCCUGUUUCUCUUGUGUUUUUUAUUUUGAGUUCCCUUUUAACUAUAAAGACAAUGACGAGUGAAAAUAAAAUCUAAUAAAUAUUGGUAAAUUGUUACUGCGGA